AUGGUUGCAUUUUACGAUUUGAGCGCAAAGAAGCCCAACGGAGAACAAGUCGCAUUCGAAGACUUGAAGGGCAAGGUUGUCCUGGUCGUCAACACUGGUGUACAGUGCAUUUUCACACCCCAGCUUGCGGACCUCCAGCAGUUGCACGAAAAGUACCAUGAAAAGGGACUGGUCAUCUUGGGCUUCCCCAGUGGACAGUUUCCCAAGGAAGCGGCCGCUGACGAUGCAGCGAUCGGUGCAUUUUGCCAGAAGAAUUACGGUGUGACGUUUGACGUCCUAGCAAAGAGCGACGUAAACGGUCAAAACACAAACGAGGUUUUCCGCUUUCUGAAGAAGGAGAAGCCAGGUCUUUUCGGUCUGCAAAACAUCAAAUGGAAUUUCACGAAGUUCCUCGUCAACAAAGACGGUAAAGUCGUCGAGCGCUUUGCCCCCAACGUUAAGCCGAGCAAAAUCUCGGGGCAGAUUGAGAAAUUGCUGGCCAGCUAG